AUCUUUGGAAUGAUUUCCCCAUCAAGGACAGAUAGUCAAGAAGAAUACCAUGCUAUAAGCCAGGGGUCCUCAAACUUUUUAAAUAGGGGGCCAGUUGAAAGGUGCCAGCGAUGGGCACGGGCCGUCAAGGCAGUGUGGGUGGGAGGUGCAGGUCUGGGCGCAGCAACGUAGGGGCGUGCGUGCACUGAGAUUAUUUUCUCCCAGCAAGGUGCUGGCUUGCUCGCAAGGAGAUCCUUUUCUCUGAUCGAGUCCAAAACGAUCUCCCCCUCGCUCGGGGAAAAGGAUCUCACAGCUUGCUUGCAAGGAGAGCCUUUUCUCUGAGCGAGUCCAAAGCCAUCUCUCCUUGUGAGCAAACUGGCACCUUGCUGCAUGCGCAUGUGUGGCGAGCUGUGGCAGGCCGGAUAAAUGGACAUGGUGGGCCGGAUCCAGCCCGUGGGCCGUAGUUUGAGGACCCAUGCUAUAAGCCAUCAAAAACUGCUGAGAUGUUCUGAAGAAGUAAUAGAAAUGCACCAGCCCAUCCUUCUAGCACAGGUCAUCUGUCAGGGCAAUCAAAGCAAUUCAGUGCUGGAUUUGGGACAGAUGUUGAGUUAAAACUGAUAUAAUUUGUUUCACUGUGGAGUAUCUGGAGCUGUAUGGCUCACUGAACCCCAAAUAUAAAUAUUUGUCAUGGUCUGUUAGGUAGAACAAGCUUCCCAAUCUCCAAAGGGUUGGAGUGCUUUCCAGUGUUCAAGGUGGUCAGGAGCAUUGUAUCCCCUAAUGAAACUGAUGACCAUGCUAGUCAUCCAUCUCAGAAUAGGUGUUAAAAGCCGGGGAAUCUCAAUGGACUAGCAAACAGAUUCUUUCAAGCACCAUGUAUCAACUGCAAUUUAUCUGAUAAACUACUUUGGAUACAUACUUUGACUGUACUGCAGAACAGUGCCAUUUAAGGCAAGGCAGAUGCAAGCUAUUUUGUCCUCAAGCACUUAACUAGAUCACAGCAGACUACUGAGGCUUCCUUUAAGACUUAAAGUUUAAGUCAUCUGGUGGGCCUACCCAGAGAAGAGCCAGACCAUCCCAAGAUUUACUGACACAAUAGUUGUGUGUGCUCUAAAGAUUUUUCUUAGGUUCAGUUGGAUUUGAUCCAAGCUUUCCAUAAUUUGUGUUUGAUCCAUCUGCUUCAUGUGCUCCCAGCUUACUGGAAUAGCAUGGAGCCAGAUAGAGGGAGGAGGUGCUUCAGCGUAAUCCAGUCUAGAGCUGAAGCCAUCUCUGAAUUAUACUUUUAUUGAAGUCCUGUACACUGUAUCAGCUAUGCCAACAGCAGAGUCGCAGAAAAUUCUCAUGAAUCCAUUCAGCUCAGUCAGUUUCAAAGGUAGGUCAUUUUAAUGGGGCUGAUGGGAAUCAAAAGUCCCCAACAUGUGGAGGGCAGCAAAAUGGGGAAGGCUGGCUUUGUUAAGGGAACUGAUCUGUUGCCAACGUUGAAGUCAUUUCGGCACUCGGCACAGAUGUUCCUAUUUGCCCAGGCAUUCCAGUAAGCUGCUUCUAAUUGUGGUUGCAUCUGCUCUUCUAAAUGUUGUUGCUGUUCUGACUUCUGUUUAUAUGGUUUUACUAACUUUUCAAUAUAUUGUACACAGCUCUGAAAGUUAUGUUGAAGGGUAGCAUGAACAUCUAUAGAUAUAGAAAAAAGGGUGAUAGGUUGUGCAUGUUUAAUGAAAUAUGCUGACAUGGCUGAUUACAGUAUAUUUUACAUAUGCAAAUAAACGUAGAAAUUGUAGCCAAAGGGAAAAUGUUAAACUUCUGCAUAACUGAAAUGAAAACCUCAAUAACUCUUCUCAGUCUGUUCCUUUUCUUUUUAACUUCUUUGGAGCUUUUCCAGCAAGAAAGAUCACAACUGGUCAAACUGGAAACAAUUUGCAUGCUUUUUGCUAGACAUGCACCAACCAUAUUUACAUGUAUGGCUUCCAAGCAGUGCUACUUAAUUUCAACAUGUUUCCAUUGAGACUUUAAGAAUGAAUUGUAUUGCUAUAAAGUAGAGAUCAAUUUAAAUACAGAAAAGAUACUUCCAAUUAAAUAGUUUCUGGAUGGCAGCCCAGAUGUCUGAUUGGUUUUGCCUUUAAUCAAAAAGCAAAAAAUGUUUUAAAUAAAUAAACAAAUGUAUAUUCUGUGCCUUCCAGGAAAAAUCCCACACAUAGAAAUUCUCUAUCAGAAAAAACUCCUAAUUUCAAUUUUUAGAAUGCUUUUGAAGCUGCUUCUUUUGUUAAUGAACUUUACUGCUUUUAAUGAGACACUUGCUGCUCUUUAAACAAUUGCUGCUCUGUAAUUAUAUAGUUGUAUUGUUAACUUUAAGUGAUUUGUAAGUAAAUGUCAUGCUAGUGAUUAAUGGAGAUAGUGUUUCAUGAACUACAUGUAAUAGGAAGGUGUGUUUUACUUAUAUCCUACUUUUUCCCAUUGUGGAGCUCAAGUUGGCUACAUGUGGUUCUCAGAUGGUCUCCCCUCCAAGCUCAGGCCAGCCCCAGACCUGCUUAGCUUCAAUAUGGUGAUGCCUUAUGUGUCUUUCAUCAUAUUCUGUAUUAGAGUAAGUGAGGGACUAAUAACCUGUAUAUCAUUUACAAGUAAGCUUUAUAUAGUUCUGGCUGCCUUUUUCCUACCCUUUUCCUAUGUUCUGAUGCUUUAAUACUAAAUAACUUUCCUUUACGCUUUCUUAAGGUGUUUUAUAUUGUAAGAGAACUUUGAAUCACAACAGAUAAUCAGAGUGUAGCCUUUUCCAUUUCUACCUAUGCUGUGAAAACACAUAGUUAAAGUAUAACCUUCCAAAUUUAAUUUCAAACGAAAAAUACUUGCUUUUGAACUGGCUUAAUGCAGGGAUAAGUUAAAUAAGAAUCCUGAAAAGUAAAUCAGUUUUGUUUCAAGUGAGACAGAGUUUGCAAUUCAGCAAUUACUGGAGCCACUAACAAAGCCUCCCUUGUGGGGGAAGAAAUCUGCAUUGUUGGUUGGUAUCCAAAGAUUGCUGAAGUCCAGGUUCUGGUUCAACUACAUUCAAUGCAGUCAGUGAUUUAUGGAUUAUAUUUAGGUUGGUUAUUGUAAGCCUUUCAUUGUGAUUAGCAAAGAAAGAGAACCUAAAAUACACUUCCAGACAUGCAGUAGUUCUUACAAUGCAGGCAUAAUCAUGGGUUUUCCAAAGAAUCCUUGUUUCAAUAUGAGAUCAUUCAGAUAAUAACUAUGACUGGUGUUGUAGUACGCAACACUGGUUAUAUGUUGGUAGUAUAAGACAUGCAUUCCAAGGUGACAAUCACUAGUCUUAAAAUAGUGCUGAUUCUUUACUAAUCAUUCUUUGUUAUUCAGUCUCUUUCUUCAAAAUUAUACUGUAGCUGGCUUGUCUCAAAAGCAUCAGACUCUGAAUAACAUAAUAUAUUAACAGAAGCUGCCAGCAUGUGUGUGCUUUCCAGUGUUUUAAUGAUACGUGAGUGGUUAAUUUCUUCCAGUUUCCCAGAAAAGAGAAAAAACAAAAGUCCUACACAAAUCUGCGCACACUUCCAGUAUAAAUAAUGUUGUAUAUAAAGUCUUCUCCCCUCUUUAUUUCUUCAGAAAUGUAUACACAAGAUUAUGACUUACCAGUAGAGACAAUGCUAUGCGUUCUUAUGCCUUAAGGCUAUGUGUGUUCAGGGGCAGCCACAGACAAGUCAAGAGCAACAGAGGCACCUGGACUAGGGCAACAGGAGUUCAGGAAAGACAGAAUCUAAAUGCAGGUCUAAGGGAAAGUCCAGAUCAUAGUCAUGGUACUGACUAAGGUCAGGAACCAGAAGACUGCAUGAAGACAGAACAAGGAUGUAGUCAGGAACGAGCCAAGAGUCGAGAACCAGGAGGAAAAAGCAGGAGUGUAGGUACCUUGAACAGGAUAACAGGUUGGGAAGCACAGCAAGGCAGGAUGUACAGGCAUGGCAGGACGCAAGAGGAACCAGAUGCAGUAAGGGUCAGGCAGGAUGCAGGAGCUGAACCACAGCUCUCAAGAAGCCCUGUGUUACUGAGGCAACACCGCAGGGCAGGAUACACAGGUGAGGCAGGAUGUAGGCUAGGCAAGAGGCAGGCACAACAGCAAGGCAGAAUGACAAGAUGCAGGAGACAUGACAGGAAUAGUCGGCAGAAUGCAGACACAGGAGGACCUGUGCCGCUGACGGAAUACAGCAGGGCAGGGGACAGGACCGGUAUUGCUGAGGCUAGUUCUGGAGGGAAGAGCUUGCUCUUAUAUAGCUGUUCCUCCAGACUUCCACCUGGUGCUGAUCAGUAGCCUGAGACCUCCAGCAGGGCCUGGGACUGAUUCUCCAAAUAUGGAGGUGGUUGCUCUGGUUCUGUCCACUGGAACAGCCCAGAUUUAUUUAUUUAUUUUUCGAUUUAUAUCCUGCCUUUUUCCUACAAAGGGCUCAAGGCAGCUUACAUCAUUCUCCUCCUCCAUCUUAUCCCCUGACAGAUCCUGACAGUGUGCCUUUUUGCGAACAAAAACUGUAUCAUGGAAAAUAACUGUAACUGCUGGUCUCCUGUCUAUCUUGUGACUACCAUUGGUUGAUCUUAGGAUAAGUGUGCAAACUUAGCCAGCCUCCUGAAUAGCCCUGUUGAUCUUAGCUAACUGGGUACUUUGUAAUAGUCACCUCCUCUUAACAUAUUUUUCUUUAUAUAGGGCACAAUCAUUUUCAUGCUUAGACAAAAAAAGUCCUGAAACUCCCAGCAUGCGCUAGCCAAAACCAGUCAAAAUAUCACAGAAGAGUGACAAGCAUUUGAAUUAUUUGCAACUCUUCAUAAGGCUUGAUGGUACAACAACGUUGGGGUAAAGGCUCCAGAAAAGUACACCGGACCAGUUCCUCCGUUAUACAAUGGACUAGUUUGUUAUGGACCAGCAUAGCCAUCUUGGAGAAAACUGUAUUAGCUGACCAGUGCAGGAACAACUAUCAAAGAGAAGACAAUGUUCUCCCAUUUGAAGGAAGGUUUUGCAUUCCCUUCAACUAUUAGUUCACGGUGGGGAAUCUCAGGCCCAAGCGGCCAAAUCUGGGCUUUCUCGGGUCUCAGUACUGCUCUCCAAAUUUAUUCUCCUUCCCCAAGUACCAACUGUUUGGUUCUUUCCUACUUUUGUGAAGCUUCUCCAUCCCUGCAUUCUAAAAGGCUGAAAUGCCUUUUCCAAGGCUUGCUUCUAGCUGCAGGAUGGCUAAACUGCAAUAUGCUGGCAUGUUCUCUGUAUAUUUUUGGCCCCAUCCUUUUUACCUUUUGCUCUGCUGAUGACUAGAAUGUAGGCCCAAAGCACAUCUCUGAAGUUGCAUUUGUCCUCUGAGCUGAAAAGAAGUGCCUCCCCACCCUCAGACUAGCUAUUAUUAUGCAGUCCGGCUUCUGUAUACUCGGGAACCUGUGUAUUUUGCAUGGAGCAGGAGACAGAUCUGACCUAACAACUGGUAUUUGUAUUUUCAGAAACAGGAGUCAGCCAUUGAUUCUUUGUCCCAGCAUGUUAGGUGUACUAUAACUGUAAAAGCUUCCAGUGAUUGGUUCAAUGGACUGGUUCACACAAUCAAAUUAAGCAACCAUAAUACAUGCCAGUCAUGACAAACUAAGCCACCAUUGUACAUGUCGAGCACAGUUACCAUAAUCAGUGUCUAGGAUGACUCGCCAUGUCAUCCAUACCUGGGCAUUAUGGCUUCUUAGAGUUGGAAACAACCCUCCAAUCAUCCAUGGGUUGUUGUAGGGUUACGGAAGUGUUGUUUUCUCUUCCAUCAUGUCAGCCAGGUUCAGAUGACACAUCAAGUUGUGACUGAGUAGUGAUCAUGGAAAUUUUGCCCAGCACACACUGCAGUGUCAACUUUAUUUUAAUUGAAUGAACCAGGUAAUUUAGUCUGUAAUUUGUUUGAGACUGAAUCUAAGUUGCAGACCUCAUAGCUGCAUCUAGUUUGAUUUUUGUACCUUUUUGGUAUGGUAUUCUCUUCCUGUAUUUUGUGCCAUGUAGCCUGUUGAAGGAUUCUGGAAAAUGUGUAAGCUUGCACACACUGUGAUUUUUUUGGCUGCUCCUAACAAACAUAUUAUCUGGUUAUGGUUUUUGAGUGUAUACCAAGUUUCCCAAACCAAUUUAUUUCUUACAGUGUCUUAGAAGCUAAACACUGCAUAACCAUUAAUCCAAGAACAGACCUGCCACUACUUGUGUACACUUCUUUUAUUGCUAGCAAAAGAAAAGAUAAUCCUUGCAGUACAUGGAGUAACACAUUUUAUAAGACUUAGUUUUUGCUACAAUAGACUUAACAGGAAUCCCACCCCCCAAAAAAAAAAAAGAACAGAAGGAAAGUAGGAUACAAAAAAGAAAAGGGACAGAAGAAGGGGUGAGAACUACAGAUCAAGAGAGGAGGUACUUUUUUUAAGUUGUAAGGAUGGAGGAACAGAGGAGUUGGAAAUUCCAGAGAAGGGUUGGAGCUGUAAAGUGGAGGAAGUGACAUAAAGUUCAAACCAAGGGAAAAUGUUCAUGGAGUAAAGGAGGCAAAAACAAGUGAAAAUAGAAUGAUAGGAACAGGUCAUGAAGCAAAACAAUUGAAAAACAAAAAGAACAAACAAACUAGAUCUACUAAGGAAAUGGGAAGCCAGUGGAGGGAACAUAAAGGAAAAAUAUGAGUGAAACAAAAUGAAAGAAAAAACUGACAUGGCAACAGAAUUAGGACUGGAGGAAAUAUGGUGAUGCUGAAAUUGAAAAGAAAGGGAUUCCAGUAGUAAAGCCAAGAGAAAAACCUGAAUUAGGUAGAGAUCAGCAAAUUGUUGCAAUGUUAAUCAUUGGAAAAUGGAGAUUUUUACUGUAGUUUUAAUAAGAAUACUCAAAGGAUUCAAAGUUCUUAUCUUAAUAAAAGGGAAAAGAGGGGCCUUACCCAUUGCGAUAGAAAAACAAGAAGGUACAAAUGCUGAAGAUGUGGUAAACAACUGAGAGAAUUAGGGUGACAUCCUCUAGGUUAAUGUGACAAUCUCCUCAGUAUAAAUCACUUUAAAACUAUUGGCAUUAAAUGCAUUAAAAUAUACAAGGUUAUCUUUGACUCUUAGUAUACUGCUUUCCUAAUUUUCUUGACAGCUAAAUAUGUUGGGUAUUUAACAUAAUCUUCUUGCAAUUCUAGGAAGUGUGUUUGUUCUCCCCACUACAUAACCAGCAAAGGUAUGUUUAUAGAGUAGACGAUACUGAGCAUUUUUCUUAAAUCAUCCAAGACAAGUUCCCCUGAUUCAGCUGUUGUCCCACACAACUAUUUGUAUCCCCAGUAGGAUUACACAUCUCCAUCUGCAUCAAGAUGUAUCUAGAAAGUCUAAUGCGGCCAAUAUGUGGAUGAAGCCUCAGGUCUGCAUCUAGCUUGAAUCUGUAUAUGAUACGCUGCCCCCUGCCAAAUCCGUUACCACAAGUUGAGCUGUAGAACAUGAUACAAUUUAGUGAAUUGAGGAGGAAAAAAGAGCUGGCAUGGAUGUAUAAUCUGACCUUGUAUAAGCACAUAGGGAUGGUGCUCUUAAUUUAUUCCUUUGGUAUUUAUUUAUUUUCAAGAAUGUAGUUGAAAAAUUUAUACACACAUUGAAAUUGUGACAGGCAGCACUAGUUCUCAAGAAGGAAAUCCUAGAAGGAGGAAUGAUGAUUGUUUGAUGUUUUUUUUUUUCACUUUCCUGUAUUUUAAAAGGAAGUAUUUUUUUCUGUAUUUUUAUAAUCUUGAAGAUUUAAUCCAGAGAAGUCCAAAAGCCAUUUCUCUCUAGAAACAACAUUUUAGCCAUCUUUUUAUGACAGCAGAAAACAUAUGUAAAAGUUAUCCUAGAACUUGCUGUAGUUCCUGGUGCCUCUUGCUGAUGUGGAGUGGGGAAAGUUGAAGAAGUUCCUGUAUUUGGUGUGCAGCAUCUAAACAGGGUAUUUUGUUUCCCUAGCACAUUCCUGUUUUUACUAUUUUUCCUGCCUUUGUGGAGUAAAUGAGAAGGAAGACAUGAAUCUUAAAAAGCAGGGAUCAUAAGCCUGCAAGGAUGCAAACACCCCUGCUAGUAGAUUUGUUAAAGUCAGUAGGUAUCUUAUUGGGUUCCUGUUGUUGAAAUGCAGACUAUUCCAACUUGGCAUUCUCCAGUUGUUUUGUACUACAGUUCCUGUGAUCCUUGGCUAUCAGCCAUAAUGGGUGGGGUUGCAGAGAACUGAGGUGCAAAAUGUCUGGAGGGUACCAGGUUGGUGGAUGCUUGCUAAUGUAUUACCCUUCAAAGUGUAGGUGUCAUAUGCCUGGUCCUGACAUCUCCUUCAGCUUAUUAAAUAAUUGUUUAAGAAUUAGCUAGUCUUAUGGCUUUUGAUGAAGUAAGUUGUAACCCAUGAAAGUUUGUGCAAAUUUGUUAAAAUGCAUGAACAACUAACACAGCCUAUAUUUGUGCCUAUAUGUGGCCCAGUACUAGUCAGUUUGGAAACAAAAUGGGGUCAGCUCCAAAAACACAAAUGGUCAUAUCUGAGGAAACACCAAAGUAUGAAGAAUUGUAAAUGUUCACCUUAGUGAUCUACCCAGAUCCCACCAAGGAAGCAAAGAAGAUUGUGUAUGUGUGCAUGUGUGCAGCUCUCGUACUACCCAUAACAUUCAGGGAGGCAAACAAGCAACAUGUGAGAUGUCAGAAGUGUUUGGAAUUUGGUCACUGGACCUAUGAAUGUACUGGGAAAAGAAAAUACCUACAUAGACCAUCAAGGACAACAGAAUUUAAAAAAGCAUUUAAAGAAAAGGAGAACCAACUAUUGCAACAAAGCUCUGGAGAAAGUACUGCAGACAGGAAGAACAAGAAAAAAAAGUCCAAAAGUGUGACAAGUUCCAGCAGUAGCAGCAGCGUCAGUUCAGCUAGUGAAUCUUCAUCUGACAGUGAGGAGUCCUCAUCCUCUUCUUCUGAUGACAGUGACAGUGAUGAAAGCACUUCCAGUUCCUCAUCCUCCCCUUCUUCAAGUAGUUCUUCCAGUUCUUCUGACUUUGAGACAGAUUCUAGUUCCUCUAGUAGUAGCAGCAGCAGCAGCAGCACAGAUAGCAGCACAGAUGAUGAGCCACCAAAGAAAAAGAAGAAGAAAAACAACUUGGUUCGGUGUUAGAACUUUGGCAUUAAUGAACAAUAAACAGCAUCUAAAAUGCAUAAUGGCCAAACCAAACUAACAGGUCAUUUUUUACCAUUGAUAAACUGUAUGUGUUUUACAUAGUAGUUGAUAGGACAUAUGCUGUUAAAUGGCAAGUAAUGCUUAUUGAAAGAGUAUUUUUGUGGAUUAUGGGUUAAUAGGAAAUGCUACCUUUUUUCUUAGUUUUUAAAGAAAUCUAUCAAAUGUUUAUAUGAACUAAGGUCCAGUCACCCUAAUGUUUACAUGCUAGAAAGCAAAACACAAUUUCUUUGAACUAUUCUGUGUUAUGUCAUAGCAACCUUCUGUUUAUAUUAACUUCUUCAAUUUUGCAUACAACACAAAGUAAGAAGAAUAUUAAAUUUUAUUUCAGUUAGCUGCUAUGUCCAAAGCCAUAUUUACUCCACUAACAGCUAAAGGAGAAAUAAUAAUUUCCUUCAGUACAGACAGAUUUGCUUUCUUCAACUGGCUUUUCCUGCUAUUUUCUGGUCAAAUAUUAGUUCUGGUCAAAUAUUAGUUAUAAUAUCAAAUUUCUGUUAGAGUAGAUUUAUUGGACAUUGGUAUCCUAUCUGAGGACCCUAUUUUACUCCAGUCGAACAGGUUUGUUCAGCAAGUGGAAAGAGGCUUUUGGUAUAUAGUGCCCUUCUGGAUUUGCUCCUGCAUAUGCAUAUUGUUUCUGUACAGAGAUCCUAGCAUACUAGAAGGCAGCACAUUACUGUGCUUAAGGGUCUCUCCCUCCAAAGGAGAUGGUUUCCAUUUCUGAAAGUCCCAGUCAGUCUUUGUGCUGGAGGGAGGUUGAUUCCAAGAAUUGCUCUGCCCAUAAACGGUAAACAGCACUGUCCAGUGCGAAUUGCAUCCAUCAUCUGAUGAGCAAGGGAGGUUUCUGCAUGUAGCUACAUUCAUGUCUGUGUCCACUAUGAAACAGAAUCUCUGGAUCAGGGCCUAAUGCUUUAAUCUUUUUAACAAUAUCGGUUCAGAGCUUGAAGGCCAUAUCUUAAGCUGCACUUGCACUGUGCAUAGAGAAUAGUGUUAACUGUUGUAACUAAAGUGUUUCAUCUUUGUGCCUUUUCAUAACAUUAGAUGCACCCUAGUGAAGGUUAUAAAAUGGGAGGGGUAGGUUGAAAUCUUCAUUUCACCUUCCACAUAUUAAUUUGGGAGCUUAGAAAAAUCUUAAUAACAUACAAAUUGUAAUAACUUACAAAUAUCCUAUUUUAAAUGAGGAAAACAUUUAUUUUCAUUGGAGCCAGAUAAAAGAGAGAAACUAUCUUUAAAUAUUUCCUCUUGUGCUAUUUUUGAAUAAUGCUUAAUUGUAAGAUACAUUUGAUUAUUCUGGUCAUAUAGUAACUUCCAUUUGUAUUCUAAUUUACACUCACUAAUCUAGAACAACUAUUUUUCUUUUUGCAUAGCACAAGUUAUAUAUAAGUGAAUGAACUCUGGAAUGGAGGAUAUGUAUUAGCAAAUAUAUUGCAGUACAUUUCUUGCUACUUACAGAAGUGAACUAACUUGUUGUGAUAAAUUUUAGCAAUUGGCAAUAGUCAAUUUGUGAUACAGUCUUUUAGUUUCUUAUUGAUAGAAGUCUUUUAAAGAGGGAACAUGUGGGGGAAAACUUAAAUAUCCUAGUCUAGUUAAAGUAUUAAUGAUUGAACUAUUUUUUAUAUUUUUAUGAAAAUGUAGUGUGUAGAAUGACUUUUGAAUACAAAUGUUUUAUUUAAAUGUUCAUGUAAGUUGUGUAUUUUAGUGUGUAACCAUUUCUAUGUUUUGCAGAAUUCUGAUAAUGUAAUUCUAAAACUACCAGAUAAUUAUUUGAGUCAUGCUAAAGAAUGUAUCAUUUAAGAAGAAAGAUUAAUAAAUUAUUAAAUGCGA